UAAGCUCCGAUGUUUCUUAGCAGCAACAUCCUAAAAUAACAACAAACAGAAAUUAAUAAAAAAUAAAAAAGAGAAGAAGAAGAAGAAUAGGUGUUAAAAAUGGAAAUGGAUGAGAUCAAAUAUCUUUCUCCAAAGCCUUUCCAAGUUUAAGCUACGGUUCCCUUCAUUUCCCUAUUCUCUUUCAUUUUCAUCAGCUGUGAUAAAAUUGAUGGGAGAUUAUUGGAUGAGGAAAAGGCAGUGAAGCUAGUGUGGGUGAAUUGUGGGUUGUUUCAUGGGCAAUACAUGCCGUGGAUCUUUCAAAGGGAAAUAUUUUCAGGGCUACAGCCAGGCCCAUCCCGAAGACCAUUCAAUUACCACUUCCAAGCGCAACACCCCUUCUGACCACUCCAUCUCUGACCACUCCACUACCAGCUUGAAUUCCCAGCAGCCAAUUUCCCAAGAGUUCACCAGAGAAAACCCUAAAAGUAACAACUUACCUGCCAUUAGUCCCACCAAGAAAGAAGCAACGAUGAGGCGAGGCAUUGAUAACCAAGCCUAUUAUGUAUUGGGUCAUAAAACCGCGAACAUUCGUGAUCUUUACAUGUUGGGUCGUAAAUUAGGGCAGGGUCAAUUUGGGACUACUUAUUUAUGCACCGAGACUGCGACGGGGAUUGACUAUGCCUGUAAAUCAAUCUCAAAGAGGAAGUUGAUUUCCAAGGAGGAUCUGGAGGAUGUUAGGAGGGAGAUUCAGAUAAUGCACCAUUUGGCGGGUCACAAGAAUAUUGUGACCAUCAAGGGUGCUUAUGAGGAUCCAUUGUAUGUGCAUAUUGUGAUGGAGCUUUGUAGUGGUGGUGAGUUGUUUGACCGGAUCAUCCAGAGGGGGCAUUACAGUGAAAGAAAGGCUGCUGAAUUGACAAAGAUCAUUGUAGGGGUUGUUGAGGCUUGCCACUCACUUGGAGUUAUGCAUAGAGAUCUAAAGCCUGAGAACUUCUUGUUGGUUAACAAGGAUGAUGAUUUCUCUCUGAAAGCCAUUGAUUUUGGGCUCUCUGUUUUCUUCAAACCAGGCCAAGUUUUCACUGAUGUGGUUGGAAGCCCAUAUUAUGUUGCUCCAGAGGUACUCCUCAAGCAUUAUGGACCAGAAGCAGAUGUAUGGACAGCAGGGGUCAUACUGUAUAUAUUGCUAAGUGGUGUGCCACCAUUUUGGGCAGAAACACAGCAGGGAAUAUUUGAUGCCGUGUUGAAGGGACAUAUUGACUUUGAAUCAGAUCCAUGGCCCAUCAUAUCUGACAGUGCAAAAGACCUAAUCCGGAAAAUGCUAUGUUCUCAACCUUCAGAACGCUUGACCGCUCAUGAAGUUUUAUGCCAUCCUUGGAUAUGUGAAAAUGGAGUUGCUCCUGAUAGAGCACUAGAUCCAGCUGUACUUUCUCGUCUCAAACAGUUCUCUGCAAUGAAUAAGUUAAAGAAGAUGGCUUUACGGGUAAUAGCUGAAAGCCUUUCUGAGGAGGAGAUUGCUGGUUUGAGAGAAAUGUUUACGGCUAUGGAUACUGAUAAUAGUGGUGCAAUUACAUUUGAUGAACUGAAAGCUGGUUUGCGAAGAUAUGGCUCUACAAUGAAAGAUACAGAAAUACGUGAUCUUAUGGAAGCGCACAAGACUCAGAUACUUUAUUUGUCAUGUCUUAGAUAUGGCUGGUCCAUUUCUGAAGUUAAAGGGCUAAUGGAGAGAAAGAGAUUGGGCUUUGAAAAAGCCAAUCUUCAAGACUACAUAGAUCCAGCUGGUGAAGCGAUUGUGGAGACGAUCCAUGACAGGAGUGAAGUGGGACAAGACGAUCUAUUGCGGUUGUUGUUUCGUGAGGGUUAG